ACACACAAAACCAGGAAAUUUCAGAGAAAACUAAUCUGAUCUCUCUCUCCACAUGUGAGAGUUCAGGAAAAUGGCUGAAGCCAGUAUUUCAGUAGUUCAAGAUCAGGUCCUCUGUCCAAUGUGUCUGGAUCUCCUGAAGGAUCCGGUGGCUAUCCCCUGUGGUCACCGUUUCUGUAAGGUGUGUAUUAAUGGCUGCUGGAAGAAGGGCGUCUACAGCUGUCCUCAGUGCAGAGACACUUUCACUCCAAGGCCUGUUCUACACAGAAACAACAUGCUGGCUGAAGUGGUGGAGAAACUGAAGAAGACUGAAGUCCAAGCUGCUUCUCCUGCCCACUGUUACGCUGGACCUGGAGAUGUGGAGUGUGAUUUCUGCACUGGGAGAAAACACAAAGCUGUCAAGUCCUGUCUGAUGUGUGUGGCCUCCUUUUGUGAAACUCAUCUGAAACCUCAUCUUGAACAUCCUACUUUUAAAAAACACACAUUAGUCGAAGCCUCUGGAAAUCUUCAAGAGAUCUGCUCUGAACAUGAUAAAAUGCUGGAGAUCUACUGUCGUACUGAUCAAACCUUCAUCUGUUAUUUGUGUACAAUGGAUAAACACAAAGGACACAACACCGUAACAGCUGCAACAGAAAAAGCUGAGAAACAGAGUGAGUUAAAGGAGGAGCAGAUGAAAUUCCAGCAGAGAAUCCAGGAGAAGCAGAAGAAGGUGCAGGAGCUGAAACAGACUGUGAACACUAUAAAGCUCAGUGCACAGACAGCAGUAGAUGACAGUGAGAGGAUCUUUACUGAGAUGAUCAGCUCCAUGGAGAAAAAGCGCUCGGAGGUGACGGAGCUGAUCAGAGCUCAGGAGAAGGCUGAACUGAGUCCAGCUGAACGACUCCUGGAGCAACUGGAGCAGGAGAUUGCUGAUCUUCAGAGGAGAGUCACUGAGCUGGAGCAGCUUUCACACACACACGAUCACAUCCAUUUCCUCCAGGCUUUAGCUUCUGGACAUCGGUCUCCUCCAUUAAUCAGACCAGAGUUUGACACGUCCAGCAUCUCCGUCCCUCAACAUGUCAUUUGAUGGAGUGAGGAUUUCUCUCUCAGAUCUGAAGAAGAGACUGGAGAAAUUCUGUGAGGAGGAAUUCAACAAAAUCCCUCCACAUGCUGCAGCAGUUUAGAUCAUUUCACCACCAGAGCCACAGAGCAGAGAAGAGUUUCUGAAAUAUUUCUGUUAUCUGACUCUGGAUCCCAACACGACACAUCCUACACUCAUUCUGUCUGAGAAGAACAGAGUGGUGAGAAACAGUGAGAGAAGGCAGAAGUACUCUGAUCAUCCAGAGAGAUUUGACUACUGGUAUCAGGUGUUGAGUAAGGAGAGUGUGUGUGGACGCUGGUAC